AUGAGGAUAUGGAGUGUGGAAAGGCCUGAGACAGCUGCUGUGGGGGAUGCUGCAAAUACAGCACUGAGCAGUGAUGGGCUUCGGAUUGCUAUUUCUAAGGACAGCCAUGUGGAGGGCGUUUAUUUUCACCUGGGCACCAAGGGAAUAUCCCCUGGGUGUGCCAAACCCACUAAAAUAUUCCCACCUUUUGCAUCUCCCCCAGGAGCACUCACUGUGGGCCUUGUGCGACAGUGUCAGACAAUCCAUGGACGAGACCGGACGUGCAUCCCACCUCGGCUUCCCCCAGAGUGGGUCACCACACUGUUUUUUAUCAUCAUGGGGAUCAUUUCAUUGACUGUCACAUGUGGUUUGCUGGUGGCUUCCCACUGGCGAAGAGAAGCUACAAAAUAUGCUCGAUGGAUAGCAUUCACUGGAAUGAUCCUUUUCUGUAUGGCUGCCCUAAUAUUUCCAAUAGGAUUUUACAUCAAUGAAGUCGGAGGUCAACCUUAUAAAUUACCCAACAACACAGUAGUUGGGUCAUCAUAUGUACUUUUUGUCUUAUCAAUUUUCUUUACAAUAGUAGGACUUCUAUUUGCUGGCAAAGUUUGUUUACCAGGCUGAUGAAUGUCUAAAUUGCUUGACUUUUUUUUAUUAUUUUUUAUUUUAUUUUUAUUUUUAUUUUUGGAGGGUAGGGAGGACAAAGGCAAGGCACCUGAGUAGUCCUCUCAUAGGAAGAUGCUUACAUGAAACAUGCUGAAAAGAAAAAAAAAAUGCUUUGAUUUGUUCUCACUAUGCACUUUGGAUUAAAAAAAAUAUGAGAGCCUUUUUCAUAACCAAAUACAGACGAUAUUGACUAAAUCUGAGCAUAUUCAGGCAGUCAGGUCUGCACUGUGAUAGCAACUAGUGAAGGAGAAUGCUUUAUACUGAAAAGCAUGUGGCCCUUUGGGACUCUGUUGUUCCGUUUUUAACGUCUAAUGAUUCAUUUGAGG